AUGGUAGGCUGCACAGCAUACAAUGCAAAUCAUGGAACUGAGGCAUUGGAUUUUCUACCCCGGACGAGAGAAUGGCACGACUAUCAGCCCAUCCAGAAGAUCAAGACUCCAUCAUCUAAUCUGGACAUUGAUAUUAACUGCAUAUUGACGGACGUGGAGAUGUCGGUUUUGGAAGGCUUAACCUGCACACGGCGGAUACGGGAAUUGCAGCACAAAGGCAAGUUGAAGAGACACAUCCACAUCAUUACCAUCACCCCGGAUGCCUAUGCGGAGCAGAUCGAGGCGGCUUUCGAGGCGGGUGUUGACGACGUCUUGCCCAAGCAAUUUCGAGUCGUGGAGCUGCUAGGAAAGAUUGAGAAUUACAGGAAGAAGGACAAAAGUUCAGUCGCUGAUGAAUAG